AUGACAAUGCUCGGGGACUCACGGGAUGCGACUGCAUAUGACCAGGCCGUGCUUCCUUAUGGAGAUAUGUGGCGCCACCACCGUCGACUUAUGCAUAAUGUGGUUGGGUCGCAAGCUGUUCGAAACCACCAACCUAUCCAAGAUAACGAAAUCAAAAUUCUCAUCGGUGAUCUACUUGAGAGACCUGAAGACUAUGUCAAGGCAAUUGAACGAUAUUCCGUCUCGGUUGUCUCAAGUGUCGGAUUCGGCCGACGCAUCGAUAGGAUGGAUGACACGGUUGCCAAAGUUGCUCUGAAGUUUAUGGAAGGCGUUGACAUGGCUAUCCCGGGAUUAUUCAUUAUGGAAUCAAUUCCAUUCCUCCUCAACCUACCAAAGAUUGUCUAUCCUCUAGCCAGAACCAUGAAAGAUAGCAGUGUUCAACUCAAAGCAUUCUUCACAUCUCUGGCGCAUGAAGGUGCCUCUGAGACUUCAUUGCCAAAUUUUUCAACAAUGCUGAUCCAGGAGCAGAAAGAGUCUAAUCUGAGCGAUGAUGAGAUAGCAUUCUUGACUGGAAAUUUAAUUGGUGGAGGGGUCGACACUACAGCCAGUACUACCUUGAGCUUUAUAUUUGCCAUGUGUGCAUUUCCAGAUGUGCAAAGAAAGGCUUUUGAAGAGAUAGACCAAGUAGUUGGUCAAAAUUGUAUGCCAGACUGGACGGACAAGGAAAGCCUGCCUUAUUGUGCGGCUCUCGUUAGUGAAAGUCUUCGGUGGCGAACAGUCACUAUCCUAGGAGGGAUCCCACAUGCUCCAAUCCAAGACGACGUCUACGACGGCUAUAACAUCCCAAAGGGAACAUGGAUUGCAGGAAAUGUCUGGAGUAUCCAUCGCAACGAACAAGAUUUUCCAGAACCGGAUCAAUUCAAUCCUGAUCGGUUCCUAGAAGAAAGACGACCAUUCCCUAAUAAAAAGGGACAUAGCGCAUUUGGUUGGGGCCGGCGUCAAUGCAGUGGCCAGCCUCUGGCAGAACAGGGCCUCUUUCUAACCUUUGCUCGGCUUCUAUGGUCCUUUGAGAUGAAGCCCGCCUUGAUGCAAGAUGGUCGCGAGGAAAAAUUUGACAUCUUUGCCUUUAGCCAGUCUGAGAAUAUGAGGCCGGAGCCUUUCAAUGUUCGUUUUAUUCCUCGCAAUGAAGAACGAGCCUCGACCAUUCUUCACGAGGUUAGAGCUGCCAGGGAGACACUCGCACCCCUCAAUAGAGCGUCGAGUGUUGCGAAGCCGCGUUUUGUAUAG